AUGCGCGACCCAUCGCGGCCGCCCAUCACGUCGUCCGAGAUCGAGUGGAUCCGGUUGCAAAACCCCAUCCCCAUCGCACUUCGUGUCUAUGGCCUUCCAUUCCUUUCGCUCUACCCGGUUCUCUACUACACCUACUACCACCGUUACGAUGACUGGGUCGUCUCGGAGGAGUGGACCUUCAUCUACUGUGUUCUGUUGUUUGCCGGUCACGCGCUGAGCUUCCUCGCCACACGCUGGAGCAAUGCCAUCCGUGCUUUCGUCUGCUACCGCCGCGCCGACUCGUUCAAGGCCGCCUCGUCGGUCCGCGUCGUCCCCGUCAAGGGCCGUGGUCACGGUGAAAUGGUCAAGCUCGACUCCAAGAACGCCCCCGGCGCCAGCGAGCCCACCUACUCGUUCAUCUACCAGCGCGACACGUACGUCUACACGGCUGAGCAUGACGUCUUCACCCUCAUCCCUUACCCCUGCGACUCGGCGCCCCCUCUUGCGCUUUUCCAGGCUUCCAAGGGCAUCUUUACACACGCCCCCAAGAACGGCAAGGUCCCCGUCGUCGCCGGCCAGCUCCCUCCCAUCCUCGACGUUCUCAAGGCCACCUACGGCGCCAACGAGUGCCAUAUCCCCAUUCCCAAGUUUGUCGAGCUCUUCGCCGAGCAUGCCGUCGCCCCCUUCUUCAUCUUCCAGAUGUUCUGUGUCGCCCUCUGGUGCCUCGACGAGUACUGGUACUAUUCGCUCUUCACUGCGUUCAUGCUCAUCGUGUUCGAGUGCACCGUCGUCUUCCAGCGCGUCCGCACGCUCACCGAGUUCCGCACCAUGAGCAUCACCCCUUACCCCGUCCAGACUUUCCGUGACGGCAAGUGGGCCGAGGUCACGUCGUCCGAGCUCGUUCCCGGCGACGUUGUCUCGAUUCUCCGCACCAAGCCUGACUCUGGUAUCCCCUGCGACCUCCUUCUUCUCCGCGGCACCUGCAUUGUCAACGAGGCCAUGCUUUCGGGCGAGUCGACCCCUCUCCUCAAGGAGAGCGUCGAGCUCCGUGAGGGUGACGACCGUCUCGACAUUAACGGCGCCGACCGCAACUCGGUCCUCUUCUCGGGCACCAAGGCCCUGCAGGUCGAGAAGCCCGGCGAGGGUGGCCAGAAGACCCCCGACGGCGGCUGCCUCGCUGUUGUCCUCCGCACCGGUUUCGGUACUACCCAGGGCCAGCUUGUCCGCACCAUGAUCUUCUCCACUGAGCGUGUCUCGGCCAAUAACUUUGAGUCGUUCCUCUUCAUUCUCUUCCUUCUCAUUUUCGCCAUUGCCGCCUCGGCCUACGUCUGGAUCAAGGGACUUGAGCGUGGCAUGGCCAAGGGCAAGCUCCUCCUGGACUGCAUCCUUAUCAUCACCUCGGUCGUUCCUCCCGAGCUCCCCAUGGAGCUGUCGCUUGCCGUCAACGCUUCGCUUGUCGCCCUCCAAAAGUACGCCAUCUUCUGCACUGAGCCCUUCCGCAUUCCCUAUGCGGGCCGUGUCGACGUGUGCUGCUUUGACAAGACUGGUACCAUCACUGGCGAGGACCUCGUCGUCGAGGGUGUCUGCGGUGUGGACGCUGCCGACCCCAAGAAGCUCGUCAACGUCACCGAGACUGGCAAGGAGACCACUCUUGCCCUCGCUGCCGCCCACGCCCUCGUCCUGCUCGACGACGGUACCGUUGUUGGUGACCCCAUGGAGAAGACCACCCUCCAGGCUCUCGACUGGAAGGUUGCCAAGGGUGACAUGGUCUCGCCCAACAACAAGGACGCCCCCAACCGUGCUCUCAUCAACAUCCGCCGCCGUUUCCAGUUCUCGUCUGCCCUCAAGCGCAUGUCUACCAUCUCGGCUGUCACCGACGCGUCGGGCAAGAAGUGGAUCGCUACCGUCAAGGGUGCCCCCGAGACUCUCAAGACCAUGUACAGCAACGUUCCCGAGCACUACGAGGAGACUUACCGCUACUACACUCGCCGUGGUUCGCGUGUUCUUGCUCUUGGUGUCAAGCAGAUGGUCAACUUCCAGCCUGAGAGGAUUACCCACGUUCACCGUGACGACGUCGAGUGCAAGCUCGAGUUUGCCGGCUUCCUCGUCUUCCACUGCCCUCUCAAGCCCGACGCCGUCGAGGUGCUCAAGAUGCUUGCCGACUCGUCCCACCGCUGCAUCAUGAUCACUGGUGACAACCCGCUCACUGCCUCGCACGUCGCCCGUGACGUUGAGAUUGUCGACCGCGACGUCAUGAUUCUGGACCUCAAGGAGGGCUCGACCGAGGAGCUCGUGUGGCGCAACGUCGACGAGACCAAGGUCGUCGCUGUCAACCCCAACCUUCCCAUCGAUGCCGACAUUCUCCGCGACUAUGACAUUUGUAUCACUGGCGCCGCUGUUCGCGAGUUUGAGGCCCGCGAGUCGUGGAAGGUUCUCGUCCAGCACACCUGGGUCUACGCCCGUGUCUCGCCCUCGCAGAAGGAGUACAUUGUCGGCACCCUCCGUGAGCUCGGCUACACCACCCUCAUGGCCGGUGACGGUACCAACGACGUUGGCGCCCUCAAGCAGGCCCACAUUGGUGUCGCCCUUCUCGAUGGUUCCAUGGAUGACCUCAAGGCUAUUGCCGAGCACCAGCGUAACGAGCGUCUCAAGAAGGUGUACGAGCAGCAGUGCCGCAUCUCUGCCCGCUUCAACCAGCCUCCUCCCCCCGUUCCCGCCGCCCUCCGUGAGGCCUACCCGGAGCUUGUCAAGACUCAGGAGGAGGUCGCCAGCAGCCACCAAAAGGCCAAGAAGCAGAACCCCAUGGAGAAGUUUGACCUUGGCAGCAUUACUUCCAAGCUCGCCGACAUGGACGACGGCCAGGAGGUCCCCCAGAUCAAGCUCGGUGACGCUUCGUGCGCUGCCCCCUUCACUUCCAAGCUCUCCAACGUUGCUGCCAUCUCGAACAUUAUCCGCCAGGGCCGCUGCACUCUUGUCGCCACUAUCCAGAUGUACAAGAUUCUCGCGCUCAACUGCCUGAUUACCGCCUACUCGCUCUCGGUCCAGUACCUUGACGGCAUCAAGUUUGGUGACUACCAGGUUACCAUCACUGGUAUGCUCAUGUCGGUCUGCUUCCUUUGCAUCUCGCGCGCCAAGCCCGUCGAGAAGCUGUCGCGCGAGCGUCCCCUCGGCAACAUUUUCAACCUCUACGUUCUCCUCUCGGUCCUUGCCCAGUUUGCCAUCCACAUUGUCUGCCUGGUCUACAUCACCUCGCUCGCCCAGUCGCUCGAGGACCGCGGCCCGAUCGACCUCGAGAAGAAGUUUGAGCCUACCCUCCUCAACACUGCCAUCUACCUCCUCGGUCUCUCGCAGCAGGUCUCGACCUUUGUCCUCAACUUCCAGGGCCGUCCCUUCCGUGAGGGCAUCAAGGAGAACAGACCCCUGUACUUUGGUCUUCUCGGUGCCUCGCUCGUCGCCUACUCGGGCGCCAUGGACAUUUUCCCCGACCUCAACAACUGGCUCCAGCUCGUCGACAUGAACUGGGACUUCCGUUUCAAGCUCACCGCCUCGAUGAUCUUUGACUUUGGCGGCUGCUACAUUGUCGAGACGGCCUGCAAGGCCAUCUUCGCCGACCUCGAGCCCGCCGAGAUGGUCACCCGUGGUCGUGAGCGCCGCGAGAAGCGUCGCGCCGAGGAGGAGGCGCUGGCGGCCGCUUCCCCCGCCCCUGCCCUCCCCGAGCUCGACGAGGUGGUGAAGAAGUCCCAGUAG